AUGAAUACAGAUUCAUCGUCUGUGAAUAGACACUGUUCGAAUGAUGUAUUAACCCAAGCAUUGGGUACAAAAGAGCACAAUGGUCGUGUGCGUGGGGUUGGUGGAUACGUUACUCCAACAACGCCAAUAGUGUUAGAGGGGAUUGAAGAGAAGGGUAAGAGAAUAGAAGUGGAAUCGUUGGACAAACCAAAACAGAAGGAAAAGAAAGGGAAGGAGGUGAUGAAGAUGAAUGAACCAGAGUUGGACGUCUUGAAGGAGAGGGACUUAAUAAAAAUGCCUACAGAAAAAGAAGUUGUAUGUGAAUCGACAUCAACUUUGCCAUUAGCGUUGAAGUCGAUUCUCAGAUAUGCUGAGAAGGUAAUGGAGAAAGAUUCCAGCAUCACUUUUUCACUACCCGCUGACCUUUUUGGCAUUAGUCGAAAGACUUCUGUGCUUCGAGAGGAUAUCGUUGAUCUUUGUAACAUGAACGAAGUGAAAACGUUUACAUUGGUGGCCUAUAUGAUGUACUUGUAUUCAUCUGUUAGUGGUUCGAAAGAAAAUAUGCAAUAUGUCUUUGUAGAUCCGUCCCUAAUGUCUUCUGGAAACACAUAA